GAGGCUCAGUUUGGGCGAUGAGCUUGAAGCCGUCGGUAAGACACAGUCCGCGGCGGAAAGUUGUAACUUUCCGCAGUAGAACAGGUGUAUCGCGAGAAAGUUUAAACUGUAACAAGCGAGGCGCACUCGUAACACAUCUCAUUAACUCAUCCGCUUCACGGUGUUUACUUGGCAAGAGAUUGUUCUAGUUUGUCCUCUAGCACUCCCUAUUCCAUUAGUUCACGUCAUGCAACCACGGAUUCGCAAAAGUGGCUUAUUGCCGGACUUGAAACGUUGAUAACGGGCGCAACGGAAGAGAGCGACCAGCGCAGGCGCACCACAUUCUGAAUAAGAACUGUUAGCCAAUUGUCUGCUCCACUCGCCAACGGUUAAGCUGUAUAAAUUACACCGAGUGUUUUCAGCGCGUCUUAUACAACCUCUGGUUUAGCAUAUCUGUGGACUAGACUGGCCGGCGUUGGCUAACCCCUUUCUAUUGUGCUGUUUCCACAGAAAACCAGCGAACAUAAUGACCACUGAGCCAGCGGCUAGUGGCUUCGAGCCCAGUUGCUCGGCAGCGCCGGGAGACGACGACAAAGACUCACUCUCCUCCCUUUCGGACAACUUAUCAAUUUGGAUCGACGGCGAGGAGCACUGGAUAUCCGGCGUGGACGCCACCACCACUUGUACCGAUCUGAUCUGCGCUCUUAUAGGUUUUCAAACCGCCCAGCAAAUGGUGCUUCCCGAGCAGAGGGCACUCCCAGAACGUUUAGAGCCAGGUCCUAGCAAACAUCGCGCUCGGACUCCACAGGAAUUUGUUAUUGUGCAGAAGCAGCGGCACUAUGAGGAGUACUUGGACGGCAGUGCUAGACUGCUUGAUAUUAUAGCUAGCCGCCACGCCUUCCCGGAGGUGGAAUGCCAGCUCCAGCUUCGCCAUUUGGCCACCUCAGCCCGCAAACACACUCAGAAUACGGACAAGGACAGUGGAAUGGGCAGUCCAGUGGACAGCUCACGAAGCAUGCGCUUCCGGCGGAGGGGCAGGCACAAGGCGACUUCCUGCACUAAUAAUAUGCACAACCCCAGCACCAAGCAGCCAAAGAGGAGCCGGAAGAUGCCUCAGAGAAACAGUCACAUCCCGAACGAGAAUCUGCUGACCAUUAUCCUAGCCCAGGACGAGACCAUACUUCUGCAGAUGUCCAUGUUACACGAGAAAGAUCGUCAAAUUCUGAAAAUUGAGGAGGAGAAACACAGGGUGCGGGAGCGCGAGCUUGGCAAGAACUAUCUGCUCGAGACGUAUCUAAAGGACUUGGACGAGCUCCAGGAUAAUAGCCAUGCCACGAAAAGCUUUCAAAACGUAAUGGUGAGAUUACACCAGGAUAGUAACGAAGGAACUUGUUCAGAUAAGGACUGCCGAUAUUCAGACGACGGGGACACCGUCAAGGACGAAAUUCGUUUAUUUUGGCUGGAAAAAAUCCACGAGGUCAACAAGCAGCUACAGCGGGAAGAGGAACACUUGCUAAGCCUCCACGCGAAGGUGCGAAGACACCAGGUGAAGCGGGCGUACCAAACAAAAAGCGAGGUACUAUUGCAAAUCAAUAGACUAGAUGCCGAGUUGGCUGCUCAGGUGGCGGAUAUCCACCGAGUGGAACGAAAACUUUUCACGGCCAAUGAGCAGCUGAAAGCCAAACUGGGUGUGCUUGAAUGCUUGGGUCGCGAAUUCGAGACAAAAGUGUCCGGAGGCGAUUCCAAAGCGGAUACUAAAGUCGAAAGCGCAUCCGCCGCGCCCCUCCUAGAAGAUCUUCCUGGGAAACGGGCGCCAGUUUUGGAGAAAGGAAGUAUUAAAUGCCACACCAGCCCUGUUGACAGCCAAAAAAAGCUUAGGGACAGAAACCUGAAAGAGUGGCAAGUUCUUGACAAGGGAUUUUCAAAGCAAAUGUUCAUUGCUAGCAGAUCGGCAGAUACUGUAACUCCCACUUGCGUCCUUAAAAGAGACUUUGGUUCUACAAAUGCAUACGUUCACGGUUCGGAAACAGACAUUCAACAUCUAGGCACCCUUGUGUAGGUUCUGUGCGAGCAACCUGCAGUGCAUUUUUCAAGUAUCUCGUUAAACGUAUUUUGAGCAUUAUUACCAAAUUUGUAUCAACCAACCAAAUAGAGAUUUGAUUUUUUGUUUAAGUUUAA